AUGGCAAUUCUAAUCACCGGCGCGGGCGGUUAUGUUGGCCAGGAGCUCGCCGCUGGCCUCCUUGCAACAACACCUGCUUCGACCAUUGUCACCAUCACCGACGUGAUCGAGCCAACCAUACCGGAGUCGGCAGCUGAACAUGCCAGUCGCCUACGAUGUGUCAAGGCUGAUUUGACGUCCACGAAGGAGGUGGAUGAAUUGAUCGAUGAAUCGCAUCCCUACGAGACAGUGUAUAUCCUCCACGGAAUUAUGUCAAGUGGCUCUGAAGCAAACUUCGAAUUGGGCAUGCGGGUCAAUCUCGAUGCGACCCGGUACAUCUUAGAUCGACUACGAGUCACGAUGCCGGGCGUGAAGGUUGUCUUCACAUCGUCGUUGGCUGUUUAUGGCCCAGCGCCUUUGGGAUUCGUCAUCGACGAAACGAACUUCCCUCCAGUGCCGUCGUCAUCAUACGGAACACAGAAACUCAUCAUCGAGGCCCUAGUGACGGACUACUCUCGUCGCGGAUUCAUCGAUGGUCGCAGCGUGCGACUUCCCACAGUCACUGUUCGUGCGGGAUCUCCCACGCAGGCUGCCAGCAGCUUCGCAAGCGACAUCAUUCGAGAGCCGUUUCAUGGCAGGAAGGCAAUUUUGCCUGUGGGCAAAGAUACAGAGCUUUGGAUCUGUUCGCCUGGUACGAUUAUCAAGAACUUGAUCCAUGCUCGCACAGUCCCUCAAGAGACCUUUGGGGAAUCCCGUUCCGUGAAUUUGCCUGGCUUGAAAGUCAGCGUGCAUGAGAUGUUGCAGGCGCUCGAGGAGAUCGGAGGUAAGGAACGCCGGGCACUUGUGGAGGAAAAGUAUGACGCUGCCACAGAUAAGAUUGUGCAGUCUUGGACGCCUCUAUUCUCCACUGAUCGUGCAUUCAAGAUGGGAUUCCAUGCGGAUGUGUCCAUGGUGGAAAAUAUCAAGCGAUUUGCAAGUGCAUUCAUAUGA